UGACUGUGACAGGGGGCGGGCUAGAAUUGUGAUCGUUCGGGGCCCCGGGGGCUGUUCCCGCUGGAGCACCGAGUUUCCUACAGCGUUAUGUCCGAUGGUUUUGAGCGGGCCCCAGGGGCCGGGAGGGGCAGAGGGCGGGGGUUGGCAGGCGGGACAGGGAGAGGCCGUGGGCGCGGAGUAGAAACAGCAGAGGGUGGGAGAGCACCGGGCUUCAGUGGGGCCUUGGGCGCUGGGGACGAGCCUGGGAGAGGCAAAGCCGCGGCUAGCCAGCAGCAAGAGCCCCUACGGCCGCCUCGUACUGGGCCGCCUGGAGGAGGAGAUGCCGGAGCAGCACAGACAAGCCAGAAAAGGUCUUCACCACCGGCCCAAUUGCAUGCUCAUACUUACACAAUGGCAGUAUCCAAAGCACAGCCUGCAGAUCCCGGAAGACUCAUCUCUAAUCUGUCUGCGAAUGCGGCCGAGUUCUACCCCUCAGGAUAUUCUGUAGAAGCCAAUAACUGCAUUGAAGAGAACGGCUGCUAUCCAGUGCUUCCUGAGGCCACGCUCGCAGAAUAUGUGCAAGACUUUUUAAACCAUUUAACCGAACAGCCUGGGAGUUUUGAGGCAGAGAUCUUUCCCUUCUCUGAUGUACUGAAUCACUGUGUUACUACAGAUGAAUCAUUGCAAGAACUUGUGGAACUUAUUUACCAGCAGGCAACGUCUGUUCCAAACUUCUCUUACACGGGAGCACGACUGUGCAACUACCUGUCCAAUAAUCUGCACAUUAACCCACAGAACCACAACUUCAGGCAGUUAUUACUGAAGAGGUGUCAUACAGAAUUUGAAAAGAGGAAUCAGGCAGCAAAGGGCGAUGGUGCCACACGAAAGCAAUUCCAUGCCUUUGUACUCUUCCUGGGAGAGCUCUAUCUCAAUCUGGAGAUCAAGGGAGCAAAAGGCCAAGUGACUCGGGCUGAAAUUCUGCAGAGUGGUCUCCAAGAACUACUGAAUGCUCUGUUCUCUAAUCCAGUGGAUGAUAACCUAAUAUGUGCAGUCAAACUACUGAAGUUAACUGGGUCGGUUUUAGAAGAUGCAUGGAAAGAAAAAGGGUUGUCGUGUAUGGAAGAAGUGAUGCAGAGGAUGAAGAAUGUGGUCCUGGAUGCAAACUGUAGCAGAGAUGUGAAGCAGAUGCUGCUGAAACUGGUAGAACUCCGAUCCAGUAACUGGGGCAGGGUCCAUGCUGCUUCCACCUUCAAAGAAGCCACGCCAGAGAAUGAUCCCAACUAUUUCAUGAAUGAGCCAACGUUUUACACAUCUGAAGGAGUCCCCUUUACUGCAGCAGAUCCUGAUUACCAAGAAAAGUACCAGGAGCUGCUGGACAGGGAAGAUUACUUUGGGGAUUAUGAUGAAAAUGGGACGGAUGGUGGUGGAGAUCCGUACUUUGAAGAUUUUGAUGAUGACGAUGAUGAGAUGGAUCCUGAAAUGGAAGAAGCCUAUGAGAAGUUCUGCUUGGAAUCAGAACAUAAGAAGAAACAGUGAAACCUUAGGCAUGCCUUAGUCACUCUGUAGGGCAGGGACAUCAAACGCUCGGCCAUGUUGUAGUUUUAAACUACAGCAGCCCCCCCCCCCCCACCCAGUGGCAGGCGAGAGAAGCUGCACGCUGUGGGCCACAAUAGCUGAAAGCCCCAAGGGGGGCAUCUCUGGUAUGAUGUUUAGCAAGCAGGGGGGAACAUAUCAUUAUUAAACCAAACUUAUGAAGAUUAAGCAUUCGGUUUGUGCAAACGCGCUGUGUUAAACCGACUGCCACCAAGUGUAAAACUUGAUACCCUGUAACUUAAAAUGAAAGUUUGUGUAUAUAUUAGUUUAUUUUAUGUACAGAUAAAGACAAAAAAAAGUGAGAAAUGUGUUUUUUUUGGCUGCAAUAAAAAUUUCAUUUCAAAGAUGUUUUGUGUUGAGAGAAACCUUUGCUGAUGAGCCAUUCUACUGAUCAGAUACAUCUCCCAGAACCAGCCUGGGUUGGCAUAUACAUCAGCAUGUUACCGUCAUUAUUCAUCUGAGGCUAAGCGCACGUGGCAAGAGUUUCCUAUAUAGACAUUAAAGAAACUUGGCUGUGUAUAUAAAGUGUAAGCUCUGCUGCCAGUGCUUUCCUUAAAUUUACAUUUCUUAUACUGUAGCCAAUGGUAUUGUAAAUAAUUUGUCUCCAUAUUUAUUAUAAUUAUUUUGGGGUUGGAGCUUGGAUGAUUUAACAGUUUGUUCUGCCACUCUUUAGUUUGGAAGCAACCUCAUUGCUAUGGUCCUGUUGCCUAGAGUUACAUGGAAGAGGUUAAAUGGCAGACUGGAGAAUGAAUAGGGAGUGGGCUGUAAUAGAAUGGUAAGUGAUAAGUAUAAUUUGAAAUAUACCAAGCCUUAGAAACAUAUAGGUUGCCAGGCAGAUCUCGCUGGGGGAAACCUGGCUGUAUUUGUUAUGUUUUCAGUUUAUAGAGAAGGGGGACAUAUACUGAGCCAUAAAACUGUCCAGGGAAGUCUCCGGGCACUUCUGCUUCAGUAAAAUAAGCAUUUGCCUGGGCACUGAGGUUAUACAUUCAUGGUAUUAACAGUGUAAAAAUUAACAUUUAGUGCUCAGACAAGCAGCGUGACAGUGUUCCAUGGCAGAGUGUAUGUUCCCUUGCAUGUCUCCGUCAUUAACUGAGUUAAUUGUUAGAACUGACCCUUUAGAGGGAUGUGGGAGCAGAGGGACAGUGAGACAGUAGAAGUGCCAGUGUAAGAAACCGAUGAUUCUGUAGUGUUUGUUCAGCUGGUGCUAUGGGGGCUCGCUGUCACAAUGAAGGGGCAAUAGUGAUAUGAUUGAACAAAAGCCCCAGAGCAGAGGGGUUUUGUAAGCAGAAAAGUUCCCUGAUGAUCCAAAAAAUGUGUAUUUUUCACUAAAGGUGAAAAUCUAUAGUGGUUGGGGGUUUUUUUUGUUUGUUUUUUAAAAAACUUUUGUUAUUAAAAUUCUGUUUUCACUUGCAUUAGGCGUGUCAUUGAAAAGAAAGGGAAAACCUUCCAAUUUGAUGGUUUGCGGUUUAUAAAUAUGCCACAAUAACUACAAGGAUUUAUUUUAUUGUAGCACAAGAAAUGCCAAAAACUGUCUGUCUAUGCAAACUCCCCCCGCUGCUGCCCUUACUCAGAGGAAGUCAUUGCUGAAGCUUUCUUAAAAUAAAUGGCAACGGUUUUUUAAGUCCCCCUUUAAAAUAAUUAUUUGCAAUACCAUGUUAUACAAACACAAUCCCAAUAAAACUUAUUGGCAUUCAGAUUUAAUAUUGCAUUAUAGGCUCAUCAAUUAAACCCACAAAUUACUUAAAUACUAAUAAGUGGCCAGCCUACUACUUACAAUACAUCAUUUCUAAAUAAAAUUCAUUUAACCCGCAGCCGUUAAUAUAGAAUUGAUGAGCCUAUAAUGUAUCGGUAAAUCUGUAUGAUAAUAAGUUUUUUGUAUAACCAUUUCUAUAGGUUGUUAUAAUAAGUUGUGCUGUGUUUUCUUCUGAAGAAUUUUGCAGGUUACAAUAAUUACUAAAUAUUCUGCCAACCGUGUCCGUUUGGCCCAGAUAGUUGUUUCAGAUUCAUAUUAGUGUAAAAACUGCUUAAUAUUGUGCACAUAAACCAGUUUUUACACUAAUAUGAUGAAUUUGAAACCACUAUGUGGGCCAACUGGUCAUGGUUGGCAAAAAAACUAAGUUAGUGGAAAAGAAAUUGAAAUAAGUGAGCAGAGAAGAGUCGUGUUAUGUUGCUAUGGUGAGCCCCAAGACUUUCCUCAUCUCAGUAAUUUAAUUUUCUGCUGACUGUGUGCAUUGAGGGUUUAUAUUGCCAUUGGGAAUCCCAUUGUGCUGUUAUAGGGGGAACCCGUUGCCCUGCUAUAAUAGUAUUUAACCCUGGCCUGUAUUUGUGUUGCAUUGUAACAUGCUGAUUUGUAUUCUGUAUCCAGGAUUGGCUCUCCCAUUACUGUUUUAUGGCUGAAUAUGUUUUACCUAAAGUGUGUGUUAAUGAAAAUGGACUUAAUUAGUGAAUACUCUUGCUAGGGAGGCACUGAAUAUUUGGAUUUGGCCAAAUACCGACCCAAAUCCACACAUUUGGGUUUUCAAGUGAGUGAAGGAUCAAUCAAAGGGCUCAUUUAUUUCCACAGGUGCUUUUCCCCACAAUGAGUUGCCCAUAGCGACGCUUUCAUUAAUGUUACUUGAGUCAAAAUGUGCUCUCCGCAUUUGCUUAUAGUUGCGCUUUGUGCUGCCCAGUUUUCUCUGCCUUCAGUUCUGAAUCAGGCGCUGCUGAGCCUAUUGGCGCUGGGGAGUCCUGGAGCUACUGCGGCGGCAACUCCAGGGUUCCCUACGCAGACAUCGCUUGCAUGGCCAACACUGGGAAUGACACCAGAUGGACUUCUGCGCAACUGUGUCGGGCACAUUGCCCACUUCUGGCUGCAAUGAUGUUUGUAUUAUAGGAAAAACCUCUGCAUUGUGGGGAAAAAAACACAGGGACUGCACUUUGCUCGCUGCAUCUGGGGAUGUAAAUGACCCCUCAAGUGUUGUAUUCAGUUGUAGUGUCACAAGACCUUACGGGUUCAGAUUCAGCCCUGCUAGGAACUCAGGAUUUUCCUUUUUAAAUCCUAGAAAAGUUGUGGAAUUUGGCCAAAUCCUAAUUGUUGCUGUUGCUUUCCAUUCUGUAUACCCCCAUCUGUGUAGAACUGGCACCAAGUGUAUACUGGAUCUUUUUGUUCCUUCCCCCCCUUGUAGUUAGUCCAAAGUCUAGAAAAGGGCCCCGGGCAGCCAUUUAGGCAUUUUGCUUCUAUAUUAAUGAGCAUUUGUGAUUUUUGGGUUCUCGGAUACACUUUGGUUCACUCAAGAGAACACACAACAAAAAUCAAUGGGUUUUUUUUUGUUUUUUUUAAAUGGCAAAGUAUUCACACAACUGAUUUAUAGGUUUUUGGUUGGUAGAUAGCAUUACUGACUAAUGGGGAACAUGUUCUAUUAUGUGUUGGCCAAUCUGUGCUUGUUAGUCGGUCCAUUGCCUCUCACAUACGGAUGGAUUGUCUAUAACAUGACUUUGUACACUCAUGGUUGUGAAACUUAUUGUUUGUUUUCUCUCAACCUUGUAUAAAUGCUGAAAAAUAAAAAGAUUUUUCUUUAAA